AUGUCUGAGCUCCCUCGUACUUUGCCUGCCUCGUGGUACUGCAGUGAGCCACUUUACCAAAUGGAACGUCGGGCGGUCUUCUUCAAGUCCUGGUACUUGCUCGGCCCCGUCACCAGAUUCCAGGUCGUGGGUGAGCAGGUUCCCUACGAAGUAGCACAGCAGCCCGUGUAUGCUGUUCGUACCUCGGGCGAGACGUUGAAUCCUGCCUCCGAUGAACUGAAGGUCAUUUGCUCCAAAACGGGCAAGGAGGUGCGUAGCCACCUUACUCCCACUGGAUUAUUGUUUUCCACAAUCUCCAACGAAGCACCCGGCUUCCAUGAGUUCUUCCCAGAACUCGAGGACUUGCUAGGAAAGGUGGACUUUUCCAAGCUUCCCUAUCGCCGAAGCAUUAGCUACGAAGGUCGCUUCAACUGGAAGACUAUGGUUGAUGGCUACCAGGAGUGCUUGCACUGCCAAUACACCCAUCCAUCAUUCUCAAUCUACUAUCCGCCAACAUUCUAUACCGUGCGCAACAAGCACAACUUCUCGCAGCACAUCGCUGACCCAAAGAAGCCGGAUGAUGGCCUCUUCCUCUACUUCUUCCCUAACUGUACUCUAAAUGUGUACGGCGGAGGGAUGUCCAUGUUCAGAGUGUGUCCAACAGCCGAUCCGCACGUCACUCGAAUGGAGUUCGACUACUACCACCUCGAAGUUGGCGACAAAUUUGAAGAGUACUUCAAGUUCGUCCGUCAAGUGGCCAUGGAAGACUUUGAGUUGUGUGAGAAGGCUCAAGACAAUCUCGCCAAGGGUGUCUACCAUGAGGGAAUCUUGAACCCGGAGAAGGAGAAUGGCGUGUCUUGUAAGUCGAAAAUCCUUUUCUUUGAAAGUGAAUACCUCGCUGACGAUGUGAAAAAUCUAGACUACCAGCAACGGGUGUUUGAUAUGGUUUGUGAACAACACGAGUCCGAUAGGCAGGUUAAGACCAAAGAAAGCCAGAAGGAGGAUGGUAUCACACCAGCUAUGGUCGAGAUGGCAGCUUAG